GGCGGGACCCGAGCGCGGGCACGGGAGCUGCGUCCGGAGCGCUGCGGGCUGCCGAGCGCCCCCGCGGAGCUGCCGGCCGGGCCUCCUGGAGGGAUCGGAGGCAGGGAGAGGCCGGCAGGCGCGCCCGGGACGCGGCGGCUGCGCCCCUGGGCGCUGCGCAUGGCGGUCCGAGGGGCGCUGGGCUCCGCACGGUGCGAGGGCUCCGGUGGGGCCGCAGUCGGACUCUGUCUCCACCCGCGCGUGCACCUCCCGGAGUAUGAUCCGAAUCCCCGGCGAGAGUGUAUCGGCGUCUUUGGGAACGUCUGAGUAUCAGCGGAGCCCACAGCAUGGCCUGCCCUGAGAAAUGCUAGAAGCUGGGUGCAGUCCCAGGCCUUGGGACCUGUUUUUCCUGUUUCCCGAAGAAUCCCCUGCGUCCUGGUCCAGGCUUGCGCAUUCAUGAGUGAGGAACCUGAGCAGGCACUGAGCAUCCCGAUGGAGAGCAGGUGCUGGUCAGAAACAGACUGGUAAGCUGCCUCUGGCCCUCUGGAUGUAGUUUGCCUAUCCCUGUCCUGAAGUUUUAGAGGGCGAUGGCCACAGCCCUGGGACGCUGGAACGGCACGGCCAAUAACUCCUGGGAAGGGGACAAGCUGGGCUACAAGUGCCGUUUCAAUGAGGACUUCAAGUACGUGCUGCUGCCCGUGUCCUAUGGCGUGGUGUGCGUGCUGGGGCUGUGUCUGAACGCCGCGGCGCUCUACAUCUUCCUGUGCCGCCUCAAGACCUGGAACGCGUCCACCACGUACAUGUUCCACCUGGCCGUGUGCGAUGCGCUCUACGCCGCCUCCCUGCCGCUGCUGGUCUACUACUACGCGCGCGGCGACCACUGGCCCUUCAGCACGGUGCUCUGCAAGCUCGUGCGCUUCCUCUUCUACACCAACCUGUACUGCAGCAUCCUCUUCCUCACGUGCAUCAGCCUGCACCGCUGCCUGGGGGUCCUGCGGCCGCUGCGCUCGCUGCGCUGGGGCCACGCGCGCUACGCCCGCCGGGUGGCGGCCGCCGUGUGGGUGCUAGUGCUGGCCUGCCAGUCCCCCGUGCUCUACUUCGUCACCACCAGCGCGCGCGGUGGCCGCAUCACCUGCCACGACACGUCCGCGCCAGAGCUCUUCGGCCAGUUCGUGGCCUACAGCUCCGUGAUGCUGGGGCUGCUCUUCGCCGUGCCCUUCGCCACCAUCCUGGUGUGCUACGUGCUCAUGGCUCGGCGGCUGCUGAAGCCGGCCUACGGGACGUCGGGAGGCCUGCCGCGGGCCAAGCGCAAGUCGGUGCGCACCAUCGCGGUGGUGCUGGCCGUCUUCGCGCUCUGCUUCCUGCCCUUCCACGUCACGCGCACUCUCUACUACUCCUUCCGCUCGCUGGACCUCAGCUGCCACACCCUCAAUGCGGUCAACAUGGCCUACAAGAUCACGCGGCCGCUUGCCAGUGCCAACAGCUGCCUGGACCCUGUGCUCUACUUCCUGGCCGGGCAGAGGCUCGUGCGCUUUGCCCGAGAUGCCAAGCCGCCCACCGACCCCACUCCAGUGGCCCCGGCUCGCCGCAGAGUGGGCCUGCGCAGGUCGGACAGGACUGACAUCAAGAGGACCAGAGAGGUAUCGACCAGCAGUGAGGACUCUAGGCGGACAGAGUCGACACCAGCUGGUGGUGAGAACACUAAGGACAUCCGGCUGUAGGACCUGAGCCCCUCAGGCCUGUGCAAGUUCAUAUGGGGGCUGGGGCUAUAGGGACUAGGACUUCUGCAGAUGGGAUAUUCUCCCUAGAUAGGGCCCCAUUAGUGACUCAUGCCUGAUGGUCAAGGGAACCAUGACCUCAGUGCUCUGUCAUUUGGCAGGGGCUCAGCAUGCUGUCUGUGGCCCAGAGAUCUCAACAGUCCCUAGGACGCCUGUCACAAUUUGUGUGUGUGAGUUGGGGAAUAAGGCUUCAAGAGAGGCAAGGGUAAGGCCCCUGGCCUGGCUCGCACACGAUAGCCAGCCACGCCUGCCAGGUCAGGUCAAGGCUUGAUCAAAGCCUGAUCAAGUCAAAUGGAGAACCGGGCCCAGAAGGGAAAGCGACUUACCAAGGUCACAGUCUGGGCCUGAGCCCCUGGGAGGGGCGGGGUUACAGGCUGACCAAAGGACCCUGGUAAGGCGCCAGCACUGAGCCGGAGCUUCCUGCAGAGGGGUCUAGGGCAGGUCUGGAUGGUUCUUUCCUCUGAGGAGGAGCCCCAUCCUGAGUGAUGAACGAAACAUCAGGGAACUGAUGUCAGAAACACAGCUGGAGGCUCCCCUGGGCUGGGAGCCAGUUUGAGGCUGUAACUUGUACUGAUGUGGUUGUUACCUACUGUGCUGUGCCCUGUUGUGUGGUUUGAGGACGACGGUACAGCCUAAGAAGCUCUCACCAGCCACAUUGGGGUCCUUUCUCCAGCCUGUACUCCUCUGCCACCUGUCCUCCCAUUAGCUGCCUCAGCAGGCAGGAGUCAGGUGGGGUCCUGUCCUUGGGAUCCCCCCACUUUAGGGCUCAAUGGCUAUGACCAGUCAUGUGCUGGUAAAUGCUAAACCAUCUAACUGGUUCUCCAGGGGGUGAGGGGAACCCCUUAUUUGUAGCCUUGCCAACAGCAGUGGUGCAGAUACUCCUGCCUUGGCCAGUUUCAGACUACUAAUGUGACAUCAACCUCCUUUCACAGUUCCUGAGAAUGUAACACUUGGCUCUUGCAAGCAGAGCCAAGAGGCUCCAGCACGCCACCAAUAACGCUGCGUGGUUGGGGCUGUGGACCACUGGGUCAGAGAGGCUGCCUGGAGUGGGGGACACUCCUGGGCUGUAGCUUCUGAGAAAAGCAGUUCAUCAGAGAAGAACAUCCAGGUGCAGGGUGCAUCUUGGGCAAAGACAUGGGGACAGGAAACCAGGGUAUGCAGGAACUGGAAGCAGGCCAGGCAGCCGGUGCCCAGGCUCACGGCAGGAAUGAGGCUGGGGUUGGAUCACGAGGAUAGCAAGACAGGGCUCCCUCCUUGCCUUUCCCCGAGGUUUCCUUCACACAGGCGCUAAGUUUGGGAGAGAUUCAUUUCUCUUCCUGUCCAUUCCUCUGUCUCUUGGGAAAAUCCAGCUAUGUGGCAUAAUAGUUCGUGCUUAGCCUGGGUCAGGGCUUAGGUUGAAGGAGAUCUUUCUCACCUGUGACAGAUUCUGGGUCCACCCGGCAUGACUGUGGAGAUUUGUAGAACUCAGAUGAACAGGGCCCAGCUCAGCUUUAGGACGGGGGUAGGGCAAAGCUGAUAGGCCUCACUCUUAAUCUCAAAUGUAAAGACUCACUCCCUCCCUCGGGGACACCCCUUGCCCUAUCAGCCCACUCUGCCUGAGAGAAGAUUCUUUUCUCACCCAAAUUCUGCCUCCCUCUUAUGACUUCUUCACCCUUCCCACUCUACUUUGUCAGAACAGAGCACCCUUUCCUCAAGAGUUUGAGUCUAGUUCCACAGCUCCCUGAUGCAGCAGGGACCCAUCAAAAGCCAGGAUCCAGAAAAAAUUAUUCUGGAUUGCAAUGGUGGUGAUGUGCUCAAAGUAGUGUGAAAUGCUCACCUACCACAUUCUAGGUCCUAUACUUCUGUUAAUGUGACCGGAGUCCCUGUGAGCUUUUUUGUGACUAUUUUUUGCAGACUGUCCUUGAGCCUUUCCUGCAGGCCCAAGCCUGUCUCUUUCCUACUAGCUGCUGCUCAGGCUGAACCCCAUCCUAGUUAUAGGAACCCCAUACCCAGGUAAGAUUACACCUAAGAGUGUAAAUGCUGGGCUCUGAUUCCCUCAGUCCUGCUUAGACCCAGAGGCAGGAGGUUGUACACUAUGAUUCUGGGGGCUCCUGAGUGUGCAUCUGUGGUUGGGGGUAGGGCUGUGGUCACCACAGGCCCAAGUACCCUUAGUCCCCAUUCCUUUCAUGUUCUGCCUAUCUACUCCUCAAGUGGCUGUCCUGGAGACCCUGAGAACCCAGGGCCCUACAGCACAUGGAGCCAACACUAUGACCUAGCCCCAGGAGGUCUUCCUUGAACCAGCACAUUCUCAGCACAAAGGACCUGGGAAAGGAGGGCCUUACUCACCAUCUAAUCCAGUGUCAGACACUGGAGGGGUGGGGCGGGGGGCAGAGAGACUCUAAGGGAGCCAGGGUUAGGCUCAAGGUUCCACUCCUAGACACCAGUAAGACUCUCUGACCCCUCGAUGUGGACGUCUGUCCUUGCUGCUCAGGGCCUAGACCAUCCACCUAGUGGGUGAGGUUCUGACCCCUGCCUUGUGUUAUUUUCAGCUGGAGUGAGAGCAGGAUUUUCCACUCCCAGCCCCUGACCAUUGUCCAGUAGUGACGUGGGAGGACCUGCCUGCUCUUAAAAUAUCUCCUCUUACUCACUGGGCCUCCCUGCUCCCUCCCAACCACCUCACCUCCUUGCCCUGACAUCACUUCCUGGGGCUGUUGACUCUUGAAGGCCACUGUGAAAGGGCAUAGUCACCUGAUGGGGACCCUGGGGAUUGUCCAGCCCAGCUGUAGACUUGAGACGGGUGGGGCCUGGCCCAAGGUCACUCAGUCGGUCAGCAUGGAGCCUGGAUAUGUGCCAGCAGCUCAGGCUGCCGUUGCUGCUCUGCAGCCUUUAGUUCAGGUCCAUGCCUUAGUGGGAUUCCUGUCAUCACCCCUGCUGCCUUAGCAUCCUCCCCUCCCCCCACCACAUGGAGCUGGUGGGUGGAGCUGUGGCACUGAGCUCUGAAGCCUGGGUCAUAGAAGAGAAGGGGAGCACUGGGUGGGGAGGUAAAGGUCUGCUGUCCUCCCUGCAGCGGCUAGUCUCGGUGAGCUUGGUGCAUCCAAGACAGGGGCCCUGGCACGUGAGGGGUCUCUGCCCCAGGCGGGGGUUGGGCAGCUAUCCCAGGGCUCAGGAGUGAGGUCAGGCCCCCAGAGCUACCCCUCUGUCACCACUCUGUCACAGCAGACUUGAGCUCUUCUAUUCCGAGUCAAGCUCAUGAGGAAGGAUACUCCUGUAUUAACUCACGACCCAGGCACCUCUCGUCGCUCUAAUUUAUUCUUCCCCAUGACUGUGUGAAAUAGACAUUAUCCUCCCCAUUUAGCGGAGGAGGAGACAGGCCGUGAGAUGUGAGGACUUGCUCCAGGU